AUGAGUGGUGGUGAUAUCAUUUUUCGGGAUGAUCGUCGUCGGCAGCUCUUGUUUUUGGUUUUGUUCUUAUUUUUUUUCUCGAGAAACGUGAGAAAAGUUUUAAUCUCGUUAGAAGAAAAGGAGGACGAAUCUUUGUCAAAAUCAUCGAAUGAUGCAAAAGUGGUGCCGAUGGUGAUAAAAAAGCUCGAACGGUUGAACCACGGACCGAUGAAAACGCUCGACCCGUUCUUGUUUUUAGUGUACCAUAAAGAUUUUUACCCUCCCGGGGACGAGGAGAUGGGUUUAAAGGGCGAUGCGAGAGGUUCGGGAUCAGAUUUUGUACCAGAUAUCCCGUAUCGAUUUUACCACGGACAUCGCAUACCGGGCUUCCCGAGGCAUCCUCACCGAGGGUUUGAAACGAUUACCGCGACUUUGGAUGGCAUCAUCGACCACACGGAUUCUAUUGGCGACGCGGGGAGGUAUGGAAAAGGUGAUUUGCAAUGGAUGACGGCGGGGUCUGGGAUUCAGCACGCGGAGAUGUUUCCGCUCGUCAACGCGGACGAAGAGAACCCGUUACGAUUCUUUCAAAUCUGGUUAAAUUUACCGAGUUGGAAGAAAAUGAGCGAACCAGAGUUCGUCAUGCACUGGAAAGAUGACGUGAAGAAGAUAAGGAAAAAAGGAAAAGAGUACGAGAUUGUCGUGUGGGUCGGGCAAUUUGGCGACGUUAAAGUGAACUCAAAUUUGAGCGCGACGCCUAAGAAUUCGUGGGCAAGCGACGAGGCGAACGACGUCGGCGUGUUUUACGUUGAAAUGUACGCAGAGAAGAGCCGAGAAGAAGUUCGAGUUCCUAAAGCGAGAAUUGAAUCAGAAGCAAACAGGUAUUUAUAUUUCGUCGAAGGCGAGGAAAUGAUGAUUAACGGACGCGAAAAGAUUCAAAAAAGAACGGGGUGCGAACUCGACGCGUCGCAAUCGUUCACCGUAAAGUGUACGAAACUGAGUCAAAGUCAAGAAAGUAUUAGAGAUAGCGAUAGGAGUAGGAGCAGUAGCAGCAGCGGCAAGAAUAAAUGCGCGUUUUUAAUCCUUCAAGGACGACCGAUAGGAGAGCCUAUUCGGUCCUCCGGCCCGAUGGUCAUGAACACGAACGAAGAGCUGCGCAAAGCGUUUCAAGAUUUCGAUCGCACGCAGUUUGGAGGGUGGCCGUGGAAAUCAAACGACGUCGUGUUUCCGAGAGCAAAGGAAAGAUUCAUGAGCGUUGGAGGGAAAGAAAUUUUCGCGCCGAAAUCAAAGCGAUGA